AUGGGAGACCACGUGAGAUGCACGGUGGAUGGCAUAAAAAAGAUUAAGGACAAUUCCACAGAUGAGAUUGUCCUGCGUAUUACGAAGAUCGAUUCCAAACCUGGAGAUUUAGUGGGAAGAUUCUGUGUAACAGAUGAGAAGGAAUGCUUGGAGGCAUUUGGUUCUUAUCGUGUGUCAAGUGCCAUAGACUCUUGGGAUGUCCGUGUAAAUAGUCUUGUGAGAUUUACUGAUUAUGGUUUUUGCACAACAAAUGGAAAAGAGUCACUCAUUGUUUCGGACCUGUCCUUUAUGGAGUGUGGUGAAUGGAAACAAAUACCAGCGAAAGAUGUUGCUGGGGAUCCUUUAACGGGAGAGAGUUCUAAGAAGCUUAUGAUCAAUGAGAUGCCUAUUAAGGAUAUCAACGACCACUGCUACCGUUGGUCUUUACGUGCCAGGGUGACACACAAAGGGAAACUUGUAUUCUUUGAAACAGGCACAGCUGGGUGUGUUAUGUCAGUUGAUGUUGCCGAUGCAGAAAGUUCUGAAAUACGUAUUGUUGGAUUUGGCGAGAAUGCAAAGCGUCUUUCAAGCGAGAUUGAGCAAGGCAGUGUCUAUAUAUUUUCAGGGAACAGUGGUGUGCAGCGCUCUAAACCAGCAUAUACACCAUAUAAAUCAAAUUGGGAGAUAAAAGCAAGCAAGACUAUGGAGAUCAAGCGUGUGGAGGACGAUCUACGUAUUCCAAAUGUUUUUCUUAAAAGAACGAGUGUUUUAGAUGCUUCUAAGCUCAGCCAAGAGACAUUUGUAGACGUGAUUGGUGGUGUAAUGUGGAUUGGACAGACAAACAUUUCUCCUAAGGAUUCUGGAGCAUUCAUGAGGAGGAGGAUGCUUUGUUUGAGCGAUGAAUCUAGCCACAGUAUAGACAUGUGUCUGUGGGAUUCAAAGGCCGAAGAUGAAGGUUCGGAAAUUGAGGACAAACUUGGUCGAGGGGAGAGGCCUAUUGUAUGCGUGAAGGGUGGCCGGAUUUCAGAUUACAAUGGCAAGUCUAUUUCAGUCACAGGGAUGCCUGCAUGUAAGCUGGCUGCGCUACAAGAUGAUGAUUAUACUGGUUUUUCAGCCAUAAUGGACUCUAUUCGAUCAAAGAUGUACAAUCUGAAGGUUAGAAGUAUUAGAAACUGGCAAGCAUGCAAGAUGGAUGAAGAGGAUGAUUCUCUCGAGGUGGUUGAGAUUCCAUGGGAAGAUUUUGGAACUGAUUAUUAG